UCAGAGUAAAAUAAAUAAUGUCAUUAUGCUGUUGAUCCCAUUAUACACUACUACUGUGGUAUUAGUAGUAUAUAAUUAAAAUAACAAAUAAAUAAAUGAAAUCACUAAUCAAGUUGUUUAGUUAAUAAUAUUGGCCAUAAUGAGGAGGAGGAGGAUAAAAAGACAGAGAGAGAGAGAGAUGAUGGAGAAAAGCGAAGGGGUAGUUUAGGAAAUUAGAAAGAAAGAGGAGGCGAAGGAUUAGGAAUAGUCGUUGUUGUGUGUGUGUCUUUGUAGAAGUCGCAAUCAGAUGAGUGAAGGCAUUCACAGGCGAAUCACAGCCUUCUUCUUCUUCUUCUUUUGAACUCUUCUCUCUCUCACUCUUUCUCUGAAUCUGCCGUCACGAGGAAGCUUCUUCUUUACAUGCAUUGUUUGUUUAUUGUUUCUGAAAACUGCUUCUGAUUUCUCCGUCGGUUCGUUCACGAUUCUUUUUCUGCCAUGGCCGCCACUGGUGAAGCGAGGAAGCAGCAAUUCGGAGAUGGGAACGCAUUAGUCAAGUAUCCAAGCUUCAAGUCUCCUCUUAAGCCUAGCUUCACCGAUGGUGUCAACCACUGCGCCAUAGAUGUUUCUCCUCUUCUUGUUAAGGAGGAGGCUGCUUUCCCUUUGAAUCAACAAGACACUUCUUCACUUGUCCAAGACGUGUGUACUAUCUCAGUCCUACCUGAUGAAGGAAACACAGUCCCACAAUGUACCUCCCAGUUCACUCUCUUGAGCUUCGUCAAGGCUCUUCUUCCUUCUAAAAACCAGAUGCUCAUCGAUGCCCAACUCAACUGUCAGAAAACUCAGAACCGCAUCAAUGUUCUGCUGGGUGGCACUGAUUCCUACCAGUCUUGUGUCGUUGACAUUAACGUCGAGAAAGGGAACGGUGUUGAUGCUCAUGACGGUGGAGUCGUUGGAAAUGUCAAGUCCGAGAGUGUUCAUAUGCAAAAGGUAUUGCAGAGACAAGCAAGCAUGACCACUGAUAAAGCGAUCUCCGAGAGAUGCCAUGAUGCACCAACCAAUAGGUGGAGAAGAUACAAGCGUGCCGCUUCAUUCGAUUCAAGGAAAAUCGUCAUCCUUUUCUCCAUCUUAUCAAGUGUGGGAACAUUGAUAUUGAUCUACCUAACACUGAGAGUGAGGCUAAACGGAGACAACAGCUUCAAUCAUAUCUAGUCAAAACUGUAACACUGGCCUCCUUUUCUUCUUCGUUGUCUCUGUUUUGAAUCUUUUUUUCUCACAAAACUCGUCUUCAGUUCUUAGUUUCAUAAUGUUGAUAAGUCAACACUUUCUCUGUGAAUAACAACUGCGAGUGCAUCAAUUGCAUACCUUUCCCAACCAUUUCUUUCCCUUUAAUUUUGAUUUUUAGAAUGUUUAAAGUUUAUACACUUACAAGAGGCUCCUACAAAUAAAAAACGACCACUGUACUAAUAUGGAACUUUUGGAAUGAUCAGAGAU